AUGAAGCUUCGCGGUGUCUUCCGUGCGGCCAAGUUACCCAACGGACAAAGCGCCAUUGGCACAAAGUGGGUCUUCAAGAUCAAGCGCAAGGCGGAUGGGUCGAUCGAGAAAUACAAGGCACGACUUGUGGCCAAGGGUUUUCGCCAAAAGUAUGGCAUCGACUACACGGAGACGUUCUCGCCCGUGGUCAAGUAUGUGACGCUGCGAAUGGUCAUCGCCAUUACCAAGCACUUUGGAUGGCCCCUCGACCAGCUCGAUGUGGUGACUGCGUUCCUGUAUGGAGUGAUGAAGGAGAAGGUGUUCUGCGCUGUUCCGGAAGGCGUCAAGAUGGAAGGUGAUUUUGACUGUCUCGAGCUGAUCAAGGCGAUCUACGGUCUCAAGCAAGCCUCGCGUGUUUGGAACGAGACCUUCGACGAGUUCAUACGCUCGAUUGGUUUUCAAGCGUCGGGAUUCGAUCCAUGUCUCUACAUCAUGACUUUGGAAGGCCAUUGUGUUUUUGUGCUGGUCUACGUGGACGAUGUCUUGGUGACUGGAAGUUCGCUCGAGAUGAUUGCGCGCACCAAGAACGACCUCAAGACACGCUUCGAGAUGACGGACAGCGGCAAGUGUGCCUUUGUUCUUGGGAUCGAGUUAUUGGACGGUGAAGAUGGUAGCGUGACUAUGUGUCAGCGCCGUUAUGUCGACGAUGUCCUCAAGCGCUUUGGAAUGGAUGAGUGCAAGGCUGUGGCAAGUCCGGUAGACGUCAGCUCUCGACUGGUUCCGAGCAACUCUGCAAGCAAGGUGGAUGUCCCAUUCCGUGAAGCAGUGGGUGCUUUGAUGCAUCUGACGACUGCAACGCGACCGGACAUCGCCUAUGCUGUAAGCUUUGUGUCACGGUUCAUGGAGAAGCCCCAAGAAGAACACUGGGUUGCAGUCAAGCGCAUCUUCCGCUACCUACAAGGCACCAAGAUGCAUGGAAUCUGCUACAAGCCAAGUGCGAAGAUCGAUUUUCGUGGCUAUUCAGAUGCAGACUGGGCCGGUGACCUUGCUGAUCGCAAAUCGACGUCCGGCUACGUCUUCAUGCUAUUGGGUGCUCCGGUGAGUUGGGGCAGCAAGAAACAGCCAAGUGUGUCACUGUCUACAAGCGAAGCGGAGUACAUCGCGCUCAGCCUGGCGAUCCAAGAAGGCAAGUGGAUCAAUCGCUUGCUGUGCGAGAUUAUGGCGGCUGCAAACGAAGAAGGACCCGAGCUCGUCAUCCGUGAAGACAACCAGUCGUGCAUCAAGAUGACGAAGAAUCCGGUCAACCACGGCCGCGCUAAACACAUCGACAUCAAGUACCAUCACAUCCGUGAUGAAGUCAAGCGCGGCGAAGUGAAGCUUGAAUACUGCGAGACGACGUUGAUGUUGGCGGACAUCAUGACGAAGGGACUUCACGGACCUCGUCACAAGGACUUGACGGCGGCGCUUGGCAUCCGUGCGUGUUCGGAUUGA